CGACUGGUUGUCACUCAUUUUAGCGACAUUUAGAUCUGAGAACUGUUGUGUUCAGACGCUCAGACGAACCUGGAAGAGACAGUUCUGAAUUCAGCGGAUUUCCACUUUCCCACAAAGCUGUGAAGCCACAGUCAUGCUGCUGGUCUGCCUCGCUGUCCUCGGCCUAAACGCCUAUUAUUCUCCCUGUGCCGCUGCCCCACCGAGGGACUCCAGUCUUCACCUGAAGUCUGUUCCCCCCACGUCCACGAGAAACAAGCUGCUGCUCAUCUCCUUCGAUGGCUUCCGCUGGGACUAUGACCGCAACACUGACACCCCUUAUCUGGAUAAGAUGGCAGAGGACGGGGUGAAAGCAACCUAUGUUACUCCAUCCUUCAUCACCAUUACCAGCCCGUCUCAUUUCACGAUGCUGACAGGGCGUCACAUUGAGAAUCACGGCGUGAUCCACAACAUGUGGUUUAACACCACCACGCAAGAGAGGAAGCAGUACUACCAGACGCAGUUUGUCGAUUCCUACUGGGACAACGGCAGCUUACCCAUCUGGAUAACAGCGCAGAGACAGGGGCUAAAAACGGGGUCUCUGCAUUUCCCCGGCACUGCAGCCACCUACAGAGGAGAGACAGUGAUGGUGAGACAAGUGGAGUCUCCCGUCUAUGAUUACUCCGAUGAGGCCGACUGGAGGAUGAACGUGGACAAGGUGAUUGGCGAGUGGUUCAAUCAACAGGACCUGGACUUUGUCUCUCUGUACUUUGGGGAGCCGGACCUCGCCGGACACAAGCACGGACCGGAUUCGCCAGAGGUGCGGGAAAUGGUCAAGCAAGUGGACCGCACCAUAGGCUACAUGAGGGACAAGAUCCAAGAGCAGGGCCUCACCGAGCGGCUCAACGUGAUCAUCACCACUGACCACGGCAUGAGCACAAUUUUCCGGGGUGAACAAGCCAACCAGAUUAUCCUGUCAAAGAUUCCCAACUUCAGCUUUAGGGAUAUCCAGUUCCAGCUGCUGGAUUACGGCUCUGUUGGCAUGCUGCUUCCUAAAGAGGGGAAGCUGGAGAAGGUGUACCAAGCUCUGAAGGGAAGCCACCCACAUCUGCAUGUGUACAAGAAGGAGGAGAUGCCAGAGAGACUGCACUACAGUAAACAUCCCCGACUCCUGCCCCUCAUCCUCAUCGCGGACACUGGGUAUAUUGUCAAUGGGUUUUUACCUUUAAACUAUAACAAGGGCGACCACGGUUUCGAUAACGAAGCCAUGGAAAUGAAAGCCUUCUUCAGGGCAGUGGGGCCCGACUUCCACAAAAACCUGCUGGUCGAUCCCUUCGACAUGACCGACGUGUACCCACUGAUGUGCCAUCUGCUGGGAAUAAACCCAGAGGUCAACGACGGACACUUUGGCAACGUCAAAGGCAUGCUGGCCUCAGAGAAACUCCCAGAAGGAGACAGAGUCGCAGAGAACAAUACUCACAUGCAGGUGGUGACUGGCUUGGCAGUAACAGUUGGGUUUCUCGCACUUGUGUUCUUCGUCGCCACUUCUUACAACGUGUGGAAAAAGAGAAGAGCAUAAAGAAAUAGAUCUCCAAUCAAAUGAAAGAUAAAGAAACAAAAAGAGUAAUAGCAUAGUGUUUUUUAUUAUGGUUUGUGUAUAAAUCAUUACAACUGUCAUGUAUAGAUGUUCAGGAUGUUAAUUUUGAAGAGCUGAUGCUUCACCACCCCUUCAAAUUGUUAUAUAUUCAGUUUCUGCACAAUUAAAGACAGGCCUUGUCAGUGUGACCUGAACAGAUGAAUAAAGUAAAUGAAUAAAUGUUGUGAUACAUGAAAUGUACUUGGGGAUUUAGUGUCAGUUUAAAGUGGCAGUGAACUGUGUUAAAACUGUGAAUUAAACAGUUUAUGUGUUGUUUUCUAGCGCUGAUAAUGCACGCUACUGUAACAUUUCAAACACAUUUGUCUGUUUCUUUGCUUCGCUCUAAGCGGAUAUAUUGUGUAUUUAAUUUCAAAUGCAGUCCAGUAAGAAUUUCUCAUGUGAUUACAAACAUUUGCAAAGUUUGACACUGUGACGAAAUAUAUAAGGUGUUAUCGCAAGACUUGAUGGGACAAUAAAUUAUAUUAUCGCAUAUAAGGAUUAAAACCAUUUACGGUAUCUUAAUCUCAGUGAAUUUCUCUUAUCGUGUUAAUCAUAAAUGAAGAAAGACAUCAAUAUUUCACGUGGGUGACUCCUGUCUAACUCAUCUGUGCCUAUGGGGAGCUGCAGCUUUCCUCAUAUUAUUCCUUCAUUCAUUCAUCAUCUGCGAUCUUAUUAUAUUAUUUUUCAC